UGACCAUGUAAUGUCGGGCAUGCUGCAAGUGUACAAGAAGACUCAUACUAGACGUGAUGAAACCCCGGUGACUAAUGUUGCAAAGGAAACUAUGUCACAAAUGGAGAAACUUGUAGAGCAACGUGAGAUAGGAGAAAUUAAUAUGACUGAUGAAGAAAUUUAUAAAACAGUCAAACGUAAAGGUAAAUCUGGGCGUGAUCGUGGCAUGGGAGUAAGUCCUUCUAUUACAUCACUGUUGGGAUCUAUUAGCGAAGGGGAGAAGUUGCGUAAAGAAGCCGAAGAGGCCAAGAAGCAGGCGAGUGAAGCUAAGAAAGAAGCAAAUGAAGCUAAUGAGAAAAAUAAAAUGCUGACUAAGGAGGUGAACAAUUUUAAAAAUGAAGUCCGAGUUAUGAAAGGUGUUAUGGAAAAAUUCUUCAACCUUAUGGGCAGUGAUUUUUCUAAGUUGAUUGCGAAAGAGGUA